AAGCUCAAUCAUCAAAUACAAACCAAAAUAUACUUACUUCUAUCAGCCGCAGCUCCUUUUAAGCAAGCCACUAGCAAAAUUCCGAUGGAAAGAAAAAGAUAAACGCUAUUAUCCACUUGAAGGACAGGCUUUCAUCUUGUAAUUCCUUCGAUUCUCUCCCGCCAAUGGAAAUGGAAAACAAUGCAGUGUGCUCUUGUAAGAAGUAGUGAUUUUCAGAAAGUUUUAGACAAAGGAAAGGAGUCGUUAGAUUUGAGACUCGAGAAAAACAGUUGUUCCAGGGGAAUAAGUAAGGAUUUUGAAGUUUCUUCUUUUGCAUGGAGGAAUUUUUUUGAUUACAGAUGUGCCGUCAUUAGGUUUCUUACACUCGAAUCUGAUGGACUAUGGAGAAUUGUUGCACUUCCUCCACAAUACUUAGAUAGCUUGAACGUGAGCUGCCUGCCUCAAAUGAAUCAGUUUACAGCUGGGAGAAAAUUGGUGCAGAAAGGCUCUGCCUCCAAUGGUACAUAUUCAUUUAAUUCACUCAGAUGUAGAAGCUUGCUGGAGUCCAAUAAAAAGUUACUGGAUAGUAAAGCAAUUAAGUCACCAAAUAAAUCCUCUGGCAAGCUCCUUUGUACAAGUUCAUGCUCCGCCUCUGCUUUGAUGUCAAGUGACUCUAUUGCAACCUCUGACAUUCCCAUUGAUGGAGCUAAAAUGCAGAGAUAUGGGAAGAAAAAUCCGAGAAAGAAGGCAAAAAAGAAAGAACUAGAAUAUAAGAAGAUAUCUUCUGAGUUUGUCUCUGCUGAAACAGAAGUAUCACUCCAGGAUUCUGCCCGUGCAAGUUUUUUGUCUGAAGCAUGUGGCAGUAAUGAUUCAGAUUUUAGAAAUAGAACUGUUUUAUGCUCGAUUGCACCAGAAACUUUUCUGCCAGAUUUUGAACGAGAUUCUGAGAUUCAGCCACUUGGAACCGUGGAUUCAGUAUCAUCUGAAAUUGUUGACGGGCAUUCAUCUAAGGUUUCAUCUUCUGCAAUAAAGAAUUUUAGUGGGUAUCAUAAAGUUUGUGGAUCUGAAAACCAGGCCCUAACCAACGCACCUGGUUGUUUCCAUGUCGAUGUGGGACUAAAUUCAAGAGAGAGUUUAUUGGCUGGCAGCUGCAAUGAUUUUUGCUCUACGGAUUCUUUGGAUAAUAACUCCUGUGAUUCUAAGUGGGUUAGUUUAAACAGUAACUGUGAUGAUUUGAACUUAAAAUUAAAUGAAAAGAAAGGUUUUGGAGUUGAUCUGUUGGAAGAACGAAGUUCACCUUAUAGAGAGAACUGUUCUCAGAACUCAGCAAGAGAUGAAGUACAUUUGAACACUGAAGUGGAGAAAGGUAUUCAGGGAUGUACUGUUAGUGAAACUUGUUCAGUUUUACCUGGAAAGAAAACUAAACAAAAUAAAAAAUUGACCGGGAGUUCAAGGAUGAAUAGAUAUGGUGGUUUGGGGAGUUCACAAAGACGUACGGGGAAGGAAAACAGACAUACUGUCUGGCAAAAGGUUCAAAGAAGCAAUAGUGGUGGAUGUUCUGAACAGUUGGACCAAGUUAGUCCUAUCAGCAAACAGUUUAAAGGCAUUUGUAAUCCUGUUGCUGGUGUGCAAAUGCCAAAGGUCAAGGAUAAAAAAACAGGGAACAGAAAACAGCUGAAAGAAAAAUGUUCCAGGAGGUUGAAAAGAAAAAAUACUUCAGGACAAGAGAAGAUCUAUCGUCCUACAAGGAAUAGUUGUGGUAGUAAUACAAGUUCAAUGGUUCACAAACCACCAAAUGAAAGGUUGGAUAUUCGAUCUAUGGGCUUUGACAUAAGAAGAUCAAGUGGCAAUCCAAGAUCUCGUUUUCAAAAUGAUACUACUGAUAAAUGCAUGAAUUCUGAAGCAGUUGAAGGUAAACAAGUCCAUCCAGAUGAAUUGUUCUCAAACAAACUUAUCUACGAUGGUUUGAGCAGUCAAAAAGUAGAGAACGACUCUAGCUCAUUGCCAAAGUCAUGCAACUCCUCAAAUCAGUCAAAUCCAGUAGAGGUUAAGUCUCCUGUUUACCUUCCUCAUCUUUUCUUUCAAAAAGUAGAGAACGACUCUAGCUCAUUACCAAAGUCAUGCAACUCCUCGAAUCUUUCAAAUCCAGUAGAGGUUAAGUCUCCUGUUUACCUUCCUCAUCUUUUCUUUCAAAAAGUAGAGAACGACUCUAGCUCAUUGCCAAAGUCAUGCAACUCCUCAAAUCUGUCAAAUACAGUAGAGGUUAAGUCUCCUGUUUACCUUCCUCAUCUUUUCUUUCAAGCAACAAAAGGAAGUUCCCUGGCUGAACGCAGCAAGCAUGAAACCCAAUCUAGAUCACCUCUUCAGAACUGGUUGCCAAGUGGAGCAGAAGGUUCUAGAUCGACCACCUUGGCCAGACCUGAUUUUUCAUCUCUGAGAGAUGCAAAUACGCAGCCUGCUGAGUUUGGCACUUCGGAAAAAUCAAUUAAAGAAAGAGUCAAUUGCAGCUUAUUAAAUCCUGUUUCUGAUGUACUUGAGGGGAUCCAGCAUUAUAGAGAUAGGGAUCAUGGUUCUUUAGAACAUGAAUGUGAGGUGCAGAAGAUUUAUGGCUUUGAUACAACCACACUACAGAAUCAAAAGUGUGAGUUCGAUGUGGAUGAACAUUUUAAUUGCAAAUCCUCAUGUGAAGAUGUGUCUAGAAUGGAACAAGCAGUUAAUAAUGCAUGUAAGGCGCAAUUGGCAUCUGAAGCUAUUCAAAUGGAAACUGGUUGUCCAAUUGCAGAGUUCGAAAGAUUCCUUCAUUUAUCCUCCCCUGUUAUCGACCAGAGACCCAAGUUAAGAAGCAGUGAAAUUUGCCCAAGAAAUCUGCCAGGUGAUGUGAUACCAUGUAGCAAUGAGACUACAAACAUUUCUUUGGCUUGCCUGUGGCAAUGGUAUGAAAAACAUGGCAGCUAUGGCUUAGAAAUAAAAGCCAAGAGUCAUGAAAAUUCAAAUGGAUUUGGGGUGGUUAACUCUGCAUUCCGUGCAUAUUUUGUUCCAUUUCUUUCUGCUAUUCAACUAUUUAAAAGCCGUAAAACUCAUGUGGGAACAACUACUGGUCCUUUGGGAUUUGAUUCAUGUGUAAGUGAUAUAAAAGUGAAGGAGCCCUCUACUUGUCAUCUUCCAAUAUUUUCACUCCUUUUUCCUGAGCCCAGUACUGAUGAUACAAGCGUUCUGCGGGUUUGUAAUCGAUUUCAUAGUUCAGAGCAAGAUUUAGCUUCUGAAAAGAGGAAAUCUUCAAAACAAUCAGCGAGCCUACAGUUAUCUGGAGAAUCAGAACUUAUUUUUGAAUAUUUUGAAGGGGAACAACCUCAACUGAGAAGGCCAUUAUUUGAUAAGAUACAUCAGCUAGUCGAGGGAGAUGGAUGCCUGCAAGGAAAAAUAUAUGGUGAUCCGACUAUGCUCAAUUCCAUUACUUUGGAUGAUCUGCAUGCUGGAUCAUGGUAUUCGGUGGCAUGGUAUCCCAUUUAUAGGAUACCGGAUGGCAACCUUCGAGCUGCAUUUUUGACUUACCAUUCGCUAGGACAUUUUGUUUCUAGAACUUCCCAAGAUACAAAUUCUUGCUUAGUCUGUCCAGUCGUGGGUCUUCAAAGCUACAAUGCACAGAAUGAAUGCUGGUUCGAACCUAGAGAAAGUACGUCCACGUUUACCUCCGACUUAAAUCCUCCUAGAGUCCUCCAGGAGCGCCUGAGGACCCUGGAAGAGACUGCAUCUCUCAUGGCCAGAGCUGUUGUUAAGAAAGGAAAUCUGAAUUCCGGAAACACACAUCCAGAUUACGAGUUCUUCCUCUCACGGCGAUUCUAGUUACGUAACCAGAGGUUUCAUGCUUAGAACUUAUCAAGGAAAUUCUUUCCUUUUUGUUAAUACUUUUGAGAAUUUUGUUUAGGUUAGGACCAUAAUCUCAAGUAGGAGCUGAUCUUAGUCUGUAAUGUAUUUACAUAUGGUUUUUUUUUUUCCUUUUUUGUUCCCUUUCUAUCUUUCUAUGCCUACUCUUUCAGGCAGUGAAACUUUCAUUUGUAUAUAUUGAUUUGUACACAAAUUACUUCUCAUGUAAAAAUGAAUCAUCCUGAUUUUUAGAGACUGUAAGCAUUUUCUUUUUUA